UAACAGGAAGUAAGCUGCAACCUUCACUUCACUUCCUCGUCUUGUCUCUGUUUCAAUCUCAGUACUAACUUUCUCUCUCUCUUCAAUUUUCUUUUCAUUGUAUUUCACUUUGGCAUUUUGUAACACUACACGUUCUUCUAGGCGCGACCUUUCAUAAUUUGCAACUAAGCAAACCAUCGUGACCACGUAGAUUCCUGUUCAAUAAGAUUUAUGGUGGGAGAGAUUUAACAAUUGGACCCAGAAGCAAGUUGCGGAGAAAGUUUGAAUUUUGAUGAGAUUGUGAAUGUGGGAAUGGAAGCACGGAUGAGAAAGUUCCGACAAUUGAGUCCAGAGAGGGCCAAAGUGUGGACGGAAAAGUCCCCAAAGUACUAUCAGAAUCGGAAGGUUCCGGUGGUUUACUAUCUUUGCAGGAAUAGGCAGUUAGAGCAUCCUCAUUUCAUGGAGGUUCCUCUUUCAUCCCCUGAUGGGUUGCUUCUGAGAGAUGUGAUUGAGAGACUAAACGCUUUGAGAGGUAGAGGCAUGGCUUCUUUGUAUUCGUGGUCUUGUAAGAGAAGCUACAAAAACGGAUUCGUGUGGCAUGAUCUCUCUGAAGACGAUCUAAUUCUACCUGCUCAUGGAAAUGAGUAUGUCCUCAAAGGUUCUGAGCUAUUUUACGAAUCAAAUUCAGAACGUUUUGACCCUACUAGCAAUGUGAAAGCACAGAACCUGAAGCAGUUGCCAGAGCCUGUUUCUUGUAGGAGCCAUGAUGAGGCUUCCACCUCUUCCAGCAUGAAUGAGAAAGAUACAAGAAACUCCCAAGAAGAUGAUGAACUUUCGCCAAGACAACAAGCCGGUUCAUCCGAUGUGUCUCCUCAGUCUAGAGCUGGAACAAGUGAUUCUCUUAGCUUACCAUUGACAGAAUACAAAGUCUACAAGACAGAUGGAUUGGCGGAUGCUUCAACUCAGACAGAAGAAAAUAUUGGCAAAACCGAAACCCAGAAAACUUGUACCAGGGGUGUAUCAACCGAGGAUGAUGGGUCAUUGGAUCAGGAAUGCCAUGAAAUAAGUGAUACUCAAGUAAAAGACAAUUCUGAAAUUGGUAGGGAUACUAUUUCUCCUCUCCCCUCAACUUCUAGUCCAUCAUCUUCUGGAGGGAAAACUGAGACUUUGGAGUCCCUUAUAAGAGCUGAUGUGAGUAAAAUGAACAGCUUUAGGAUCCUAGAAGAGGAGCGUAUUCGAAUGCAAACCAAUGCAAGGCUGAAAGCCUCAAGUCUACUAAUGCAACUGAUCUCAUGCGGGUCUAUAUCUGUAAAAAAUCAUAGUGUUGGUCUUAUUCCUUCUUACAAGACCAGGUUUUCCAAUUCCAAAUUCCCCUCCCCAUUGUUCUCAUCUUCUGUUAUGUUUGGGGAAUUUGACUGUCUAGCGGAGAAAACGAAGGUGAUGGGCCUCAAAUUGGAAGACAAAGAAUAUUAUAGUGGGAGCGUAGUGGAGUCUAAAGUACUGAAGGAAGAAGGUGGACAUAAUGUUGUUCUAAAACACUCUUCUUCUUACAAUGCUAAGAGGACAUCUACAGAGUUGAAAUCACAAGACACUGAGGAAUCAUCAUCCCCAGCAAAUUCAAAACGCAUGAUAUCUCCUGUUUCCGUUGGAUCAAGAAAUUCCAUGGAUAGAACCAACGAUUCAGACAUAUCUUCAGCACCAUCUAAUGGCAGCAGCAAAAGGAUCACUGAAAAUUCAUCAGGAUCAGGGAGAAAGCAAUCUAAGAGGGUAGACUCAUUCAGAGAAGAGGAGAGGGUGAUCAAAAUUGAAGAAAGGCUUGCUUCUGGAGCUCGGGUCAUAAUCCAGUCUAAACCAUUUUGAGACACAGCUCUGAAAUAUUUUUGUUACAGAUGUUAGGCAGCUAGCAAAAACUGCUAGUUUACAAUUUUUGUUUGAAUGCAACAUGAUGGUGUAUAUCUAUGUCGGUCCAUGUGAUAUAUCCCUAAAUGAACAAAGUGAAAAUGUUGUGACAGAUUAUCGGGUGCAUGGGGAUUGGGGGGGCUAAUAGUGAAGGAGUGGUCCCAAUGGUCUCCUAUUGCAUCUUAUAGGGACACCACCUGAAAUCAAGUGAUUGCACAUUUUUUUGUAACUACACAUACUUAUAUAUAUGCUAUUAUUUUGGCCUGCA